AUAAAAAACGGACAUCUUCUUCGAUUCGGAUAAUAAAAAAGAUAAGUAAAAAAGUCGUCCCCUUUCUUCUCUUCUUUAACCCUCCAAACAACACUUUACGUCAUACUUUUCUGUAAUUCAACCUCAAAGAUUUCUUCUUUUUUCCAAUUUCGAGCUUUAAUUAUCCUCAAUACAUACCUGAAUUCAAACCCCUUUUGUUCAUACUUCUUCUUCUUCUUCUUUUUCAUUUGAUUGUGUAACCCUACUCAUUCUGCUUAUUGGAGUAGGAUUUUUCAUGGCUUCCACUUCUCCCACGUGUUCACCCAGCUCUCUUCAGCUUCGUCUCGCUCUCAAUUGCAACAAUUGCGGAAAAUUCCCUUCAGUUUUUGUUCGUGCGAGAGUUAGGAAAUUGGAUCCUCGACUCCGCAUAGUUUGUCAACCUAUUGUUCAUAAUGGCGCCAAAUUUGAUAGAGGAAAUGGACUGCGUGGCACUGGAGUUUGUUUUGCUGGAUCGGAGUCUACGGCUGAUGGGUUCUCUGGGUGGUCGGAGUCGGAUUCCCAAGGGGAGGUUUUGGACUUGCGGAGAAAGAAGUGGUUUGGAGGAUUGGUGGGGAUUGGAAUUACUGGAUUCAUCCUCGUCUCCGGAAUCACCUUUGCAGCAUGGUCAAUAAACAAGCAGAAUAGUUCCAGACAAAAGCUGCAAAUGGAGGCCUUAGGUACACAGCAAGAAUUAUUGUUGGACUCUGAGACUGGAACUGAUAGGCUUGGUGAAGAUGAAAAGGAAGAUAAUAGUGUGGAUGCAGAUGAUGAAACUCUCGCUGGUAAAGCAGGUAAUCAAGAGGACUCUUCUUCAUGUACAGAAAAUGAAGAAACUCUCAAUAAAAAUAGAGUUGGUGACGGUGUUGAUGUUGAGGAGUUGGCAGAAAAUUAUGUUGAAUCUUCAUCCAGCAACAACGAUGUCCAUAAUUUUGCUUCCUUGCAAGAAGAUUUCCAAUCUGAUUCCUCACUAACUGUUACAGCAGUUGCUCCUGGAAGUUUGAGUUCACCUAUCUCACCUGAAUCUGAGUUUGAUUCUAAUGUAGCUUCUUGUUUAAAAGAUGUAAACAACUGUCAUCCUGGUUUAGAAGUCUCAACAUCUGAACCUGAAAUGAAUGUAUUGAAAGAUGAACCAGACAACUCGCCUAACUCUAAUGCUAAUUCAUUAAACCUUAAAACUGAUAUUCGGGAUGAAAGACCCGACACUGGUGAAAAUUAUGAUCUCAGCUCUAAGAAGUUACCAGUUUAUGAUGAUAGUUCAUCAAACUAUAUUUCUGGCAACCAGGAUGAGACACUUGGUUCUGUAAAUGAAAUUACAGAUUCUUCAUUGCAAGGAUUUUCUAGCGUAUCUCGCGACACAGCCAAGGAAUCAAGAUUAUUUGACGGAGGGACUGUGGCUAAAUCAUUUGAAGGAGUUUUGAGCCCCAGCAAAAUUGAACAGUUCUCAUCUGAGGAUAUUGCACCAAGCAUAGAACAGCAACUAGAAAGUGGAUUAUCUGAAGCAGCAUUAGUCUCUAUCACAGAUUAUCCACUUGCAGAUGAUCAAGAGAAUAAUCAUGAAACUAUCAUGAAUGGUACUGCUGCCAAACGAGAACUACAAGAGAUUUUAUUUUCUUCUGCAGGUGUUCCUGCUCCUUUGGUUUCUGCAGCUGUUAAAACACUUCCUGGUAAGGUCCUAGUUCCUGCAGUAGUGGAUCAGGUUCAGGGGCAAGCAUUGGCAGCACUGCAAGUCUUAAAGGUGAUUGAAAGUGAUGUUGAACCUAGUGAUCUAUGUACUCGUCGGGAAUAUGCUCGCUGGCUGGUGUCUGCAAGCAGUGCUCUCUCAAGGAACACAACAUCUAAAGUAUACCCAGCGAUGUAUGUAGAGAAUGUUACCGAGCUUGCUUUUGAUGAUAUUACACCCCAAGACCCUGAUUUUGCAUCUAUUCAAGGUUUAGCUGAAGCUGGACUGAUAUCAAGCAAGCUUUCUAGACAUGAUAUUUCUUCUUCAUUGGACGAAGACCAGGGUCCUUUAUAUUUCUCUCCUGAAAGCCUCCUGUCACGUCAAGAUCUUGUGAGUUGGAAGAUGGCCCUUGAAAAGAGACAGCUGCCAGAGGCAGAUAGAAAGAUGCUUCACCAAGUUUCUGGAUUUAUUGAUACUGAUAAGAUCCAUCCAGAUGCUUGUCCUGCAAUUGUUGCUGAUCUUUCUGUCGGAGAACAGGGAAUAAUAGCUCUUGCAUUUGGAUAUACAAGGCUUUUCCAGCCAGAUAAGCCUGUAACAAAAGCACAAGCUGCCAUUGCUCUUGCAACUGGGGAGGCUUCUGAUAUAGUAAGUGAGGAGCUUGCAAGGAUUGAAGCUGAAUCAAUGGCAGAAAAUGCUGUUGCUGCGCAUAGUGCUUUGGUAGCUCAAGUUGAGAAAGAUAUUAAUGCUAGCUUUGAGAAAGAACUUUCCAUUGAAAGAGAGAAGGUUGAGGCUGUGGAGAGAAUGGCAGAAGAGGCAAAGCAAGAAUUGGAAAGAUUAAGAUCAGAACGUGCGAGAGAUAGUCUCGCGUUGAUGAUGGAACGUGCUUCUGUUGAAUCUGAAAUGGAAGUUCUUUCAAGGUUAAGGAGUGAGUUGGAGGAGCAGUUGCAAGGCCUGAUGAGCAACAAAGUAGAGGUAUCUUAUGAAAAGGAAAGAAUCAACAAACUCAGGAAAGAAGCUGAAAUUGAAAAUCAAGAGAUUUCCCGCCUGCAGUAUGAGCUUGAGGUUGAGAGAAAGGCGCUGUCCAUGGCCAGAGCUUGGGCCGAGGAUGAAGCAAAAAGAGCAAGAGAACAAGCAAAAGCACUUGAAGAGGCUAGGGAUCGCUGGGAAAAGCGUGGCAUCAAAGUAGUCGUCGACAGCGAUCUCCGUGAACAAGAAUCUGCUGGCGAUACCUGGCUUGAUUCUAGCAAACAGUUCACAGUCGAAGAAACCACAGACCGAGCUGAGAACUUAAUGGAAAAGCUGAAAAGAAUGGCUGCAGAAGUAAGAGGGAAAUCGAGAGAUGUAAUCGAGAAGAUCAUCCAGAAGAUAGCUUUACUGGUAUCUAACUUGAGACAAUGGAUUUCGAAAACUGGAGAACAGGCUGAAGAACUAAAGAAUGUGGCGAUUUCAAGGGCAAAUAGAUCAGCAACAGAGCUGCAACAGAGCACUGCAGAGUUGAGCUUGGCUAUGAAGGAGGGAGCAAAGAGAGUUGUGGGAGAUUGUAGGGAAGGAGUAGAGAAAAUUACCCAAAAGUUUAGAACGUCUUAUGGUUAAGAAAAUUACCCAAGAGCUUAGAACAUCUUAUGAUUUUGCAGCUGAGAGUGGAUGUAUUGGGAUUCCCAAGAGCACAAUAAAGUUGGCAUCAACUUCUAAAAUUUUGUUAAAGCCACUUUUCAUAAUGGAAAUCUUCAAUCCAUUUCUACCCACUAAAUAAAUGAGAUAUAAUUGGCUCCAUCUUCUUCAUUUUCUAUGGCUGCUGCUUUAAUUUGAUCUCAAAAUUUAUUCUAUAAUUUUGUAUGCAUUAACUAAAUUAAGUUGAAAUUUAAAAAAUACAUUUAAAUUCUUAGAGAUUUGUUAUUAAAUUUAAAUUAAAGAAAGAAAGAAUGAAGUAUUUGGUAUCUUUACCAUUUUUGUUACAACUCGUUAGUUUGACUUAAACCAUCCAGUGAGAGCAUUGGGUGGUGGUGAACAAAAAUCCACUGAAAAAAAGGAACGAACAAAAUGAAGAUACAAUAGGAGAAAUACAACCAUCUUGAAAUGGGUAAUGAAAACUUCAUUAACAUUCUUCUAAAAUUCUCUCUGUCAUAUAAAUUUUUGAAAAUGGAGAUGGGGCCGAUGGAAAACAAAAAAGUUUUAUAUUUAUAGUACCAAAAAUUUGUAGUUACAGAGGGACAUGUCUAUAAAAUUUGUGGUUAUGGUGUAAAUGAACGUGUCGAUAAAUUUUGUAGUUAUAACGUGAGUGAAUGUGCCUAUAUGAAUUUUAUGUAUAAUGUGAAUGGGUUGUGAGGAAAAAAUAUGAGUUAUGAGAAGCUUUUGGAUAAAAAAUAAAGAAAAAAAAACUCUCCCUUUGUUGUCCCUUUAAUAUAGUCUAUAGUAUUUAGACAUAAAUGCAGAUAGAGAUUAUUAUAAAUAUAGAUAUAUUUAACAUUUUGAAAGAUCUGCUUGGAUUAACUUAAGAAUUUUUUUUUUUUUUUUUAAAUUUUAAGUAACUCCAAAACAUUCUAAUUUUUAUCGAAGUAAUUUACUUUUUAAAUUAAAUAUAAUCCAAACACACCAGAACUUGCAAAUAAAAAAUUUCCUUUUCAAUUUGGGCUUUAACUUCCCUCCCGCGCUGAUUUUCUACUUACCAAAACAAGCCCAAUAACAUUUACAGAGAAAAAGCCCAAAAACGUUUACCGGGUGGAAAGCCCAAAAUUAGAAACCCAUCACUCUUUCUUAUAAAAGAAUGCUCUCGUAACCCUAACACUUCGCUUCCAUCGCCUCCGAUCACUUGGUUCAGCUCCUUACGAGAAGGCAAUGGCUCCGAAGCAGCCGAAUACCGGUCUCUUUGUGGGACUUAACAAAGGACACAUAGUUACAAAGAAAGAGUUGGCUCCCCGCCCCUCAGAUCGUAAAGGAGUAAGUCGAUUUUGUAUUUUGUUAAUCUAUAGUGACAUUUGAUAAUCACAGAGAUUCUGAACUAUGUGUUUGAAAUUUUUAUUGAGUUGAUUAUGUUCAUCUGUUCUCUUACGUGGGACUUUAGCGGUGGAUGGAACUAGGAUUUGCCUGGUGCAUGAUGAAACUUGAGAGGGGGAUUUGAUACUAUAUUUUUAAUGAUUAUCAUAUGUUAUAUGAACUCAAAUUAAUACUCUACAGAAGUUCUAAAGCUAACUUAUUGAUGCAAUUGAUAGUUUGUUUUCCUGGUUGGAAACUUAUGGUGAAGUGAUUUUUAUAAUCUGAAGUGAUUUCAAAUCCUAUUUUUACUUAAAAUCUUUCUUGCCCAGAACGUUCAAGUUUUACCGGAUUUCAUAAGAACUAAAAGUAAAUUACAGACUUGACCCGUUAAAAGUCUAUAUCGGUAAAUUCAUAACUUUUUGUUCCUUUUCAGUUAAAACACAAAUUUUAAAUACAUUCAUUUCAACCCGGAUUUCAAAUUGCAGGUUUUAAAAUUAUUUUUUCAACCUUCUUGAAUCUAAAUGAGGGGCAAGUCAAUUGAAAUUCUGAUCAGUACUGUGUUUGGUUUGUUAUCAGUUUCUUUCAAAGAUAUUUUAGUGGUUUUCUUUUGUUGUUUUUUUUUAUCUAAUGACAUAUGUGCUUAGUUAGUCUUGGUAAUGUUAAAAACUAGCAAAGGUGUGAGGUUUUGCCCGUAUGUAUAUAACCAUUCUGCAUAUCAAACUAAUUGGAACUUUUUUAUUUCUGGAUCAUUGGUUUCUUUCGGAGAUAUUUUAGCUAUUGGUGGAGAGAAUUAAUUGUUACUAAUGAUUAAUGUUUGCUUUAAUUUUGAUUGUUACCAUAGAAAAGUAGCAAAAGAGUUCUCUUUGUGAGGAGUUUGAUUCGUGAAGUUGCUGGCUUUGCCCCAUACGAGAAGAGAAUCACUGAGCUUCUUAAAGUUGGAAAGGACAAGAGAGCACUUAAAGUGGCCAAGAGAAAGUUGGGAACUCACAAGAGAGCCAAGAAGAAGAGAGAAGAGAUGUCCAGUGUACUCCGCAAGAUGAGGUAAUUUUUAGACGGCUUUGAAUUUUCCUCGUUAUGUUUGAAUUUAUCCUGUCAGUGUUAAUAUGUAUUGUAAUUACGUUUCAAGCUAUAUACUAAAACCUCUUCCUUUAUAAUAUUUUUGAUACAGAGCUGGUGGAGGUGCCGAGAAGAAGAAAUGAAACUAGUGUGGUUAAUUAUGGAGCUUCGAAUUCCCAUAAUGUUGAGGACAUGUUCUAGAUUUUGUUAUUUUUUGUUAUCCAGAAUGAUAUUCAGUGGAUUUUUGAACAUUACGUUAGAUGUAUUGUGAUGCCAUUAGAACUUAAAUUUAAAUUUCUACAAGUCUUUUUUCUUUAA